CACCACCCGCUAUGUAUAUGUAAAGAGGAACUUUGGAAGCAUUUGUUUGUUUGAUUGUUUCCGACUUUCCGUUUAUUGAUGGAAGCGGGAUAUUACUCAUAUUAGCAACUGCUCGCAGUAAUCAGAUCGUGAGUCAGUUCGAUCUCGAACAAAGGAUAUUAGAAGAAUCGAAAUCGAAAUAUUGUAGUUUGAACUGCCAUUUCUAUGAUUAGAUCCAAUUAGAACUCCGAAGAUCGAAGAACAAGCACCUGUUCAAGGAUGGAGGAAAACACCCAAUUACCGAGAAAGAAAGAAUUAGAAUCAGAUUCUGCAUCAGAAACAGCACCGGAACCAACUUCAGCCAAAGGGGGUUGGGGAGGUUGGGGAAUUUCUCCAUUUUCUGUUUUGUCAGAUCUUCAGAAAGCAGCUGCAGUUGCAGCCGAGGAGAUAUCUCGAAAUGCUGCUGCGGUUGCCAAGAAUGCUGCAAAGGGAAUUUCAGAUAUUCAGAAUAUAAAUCCUGACUUAGAAUCUGAAAAGGAGGGAGAAAUGGAGGGAUCAGCAAGUGAAGGGAAACAUGAAGAAGAUAAUGACAUAAUGCGGAAGUCAGCCCUGGAUAAAUUGGAGAAAGCCAGUGAGGAAUCUUUUCUGGGCCAGGGUCUUAUGGUUUUCGACAAAUCUGUGGAAAAUUUUGCUUCAGGAGCAUGGCAAGCAUUUGGCAGUGCUUGGAAAGGGGGUUCCGACUUGGUCCACAAGCUUGAGCAUUCUGCUGUAACUUCUGCUCCAUCUCUAAUAGAGUCCGGAAAAGCUUUUACAUCGAGGGGAAUAGAAGUGCUUGAACGUGUGGGUAAAGAGACCAUGGAUCUACUGAUAACUGAGACUGGUAUUGAAGUUGAAAAGAAUUCCAUGAAAGAUGAGCAAUCAACUGAUGAUGAGAAACUUUUUGAGGAAGUAACAUUUGACCGAUGCUUUUAUAUUUAUGGAGGUCCAGAACAUCUGGAGGAACUGGAGGCAUUGUCCAACCAUUAUGCUUUGUUGUUUAACCGGAGAAAAGCAAAAUUAUCGUCAGAAGAAAAGUCUCUCUAUGAUGGGAAGCUUAGACAAGUUCAUCAAAUUUUAAGUUUAAGUUCUGAAAUUGAUGGAAGUGGUGUGGACUCAGACAAAGGAAAGAAAGUCGAGACAACUGAAGGGGGAAGUGCUGGUGAGAUGAUAAUUUUACGUGAUUCAAGUGUCAGCAAGGCUGCUAAUAUGGCUGUCGGCAGGGAUCUCUGAUGUUACUGAAGCCUGUUUGGCAGCCAUUAAAGUUGCCAGUGCAGAUGUCAAGGAGAGUCCUCAACAAACUAUCAUCCAGGAAAAGGCCAAUGCCAUCUCUGAUCAUCUGCGAGGUGACCGGACCACAUCCUUGGACAAAAUACAGGAUGGGCUCCAGUACUUGGCAUUUGUAGUUCUUUCUACCUCUAUGCCCACUGCAUGAAACUUAGUGAUCUUCCUCUAUGGUUCAAUUUCAAGAGGUUUGGUAUAUCUGUAAAUAGUGUCCCUCUGUCCAUUGAAUUGAACCCAGGGCUACAAGUGAAUUGUCUUCCAUUUUGCUGCCUAGGAUAUUGCAGGUAGGGUCCCAAACAUACCCGGCCAAAAAUUUGAUCUUCAAUUGGACUUUGUCUGCUGUCA